CCAUACUAGGAUUUCGUUGUGGUGCUUACAGUAGGAAGCCAGAUCCGGUGAAGACAGACAAGAUAUCACAGUGGUCAACACCUCUGCGCACGACAAGGAGGUAAUAACAUUCUUAGGCGUGGUCAGUUCUUGGAGGAUUUUCAUUAAAAAUUUUGCCAAGAUUGUUGAGCCUAUCCGGACCAUAAUUAGAAAAGAAGGGACCAUGGACUGGAUGGAGGAGCGAGAAGGAGCCGUACAAACUCUCAAGGACAUACUGACAUCGGAACAAGUCGCCUUGUCAGCACCCUGUUUUAAUGACGAAGUGAGACGACCAUUCAUCCUAGAAACGGAUGGAGGACCCUUGGUCGUAGGAGGCGUACUGAUUGAAAGGGAUGAGGAGGGAAAAGAGAGACCAAUCAGGUUCGAAAGUAGAACCCUGAACUCCGUAGAACGGCGGUACUCACAGUUCAAGAAGGAGGUCCUAGUCAUCUUGCAUUGCCUCAAGACCUUCCAGGCCUACCUAUUUGGGAGGUGGUUCAUCCUUAGGAUCGAUCCGACGAAUGUUGCAGGGGCCUUAAAGAAUUACAGGCUUAUAGAUCCGACGAUGGGAAAAUGGGUAGGAUUUAUCUGGCAGUUCGAUUACAAGAUCGAACGGAUUGCUGGAAUCAGAAACAAGGCCGAUGGGUUGAGUCGGGUCUGCAUCACUCCCGAAGGGGUGGAGGAUGUGGAGCCUAUAGACGCAUUUCUCGAAUAUGAAGGAGAAAUUUUUGCGGUGGAUAACGAAAUGAUGGGCGAAGAAUGCGCGUCGGGAGAACUGUUGAUUCGAACUUUGGAGAAGGGGGCACCUGCCGUAGUAGCAGAACUUAGAGAAGGACCAGUCACCACGCGAGGUUGCAAAGAGGAGAAAGAUUCGUGGGGAGCGAUAAUAGGACAAAAGGCGGAACUAAUAGCAAUGGCGGUCGAGGGAGGCCGGGAAGUCGUGACGAGCUUAGAAAAAUCUUGGGAAAGAAAAGAGUUGUGGUGGAUGGUAAACCAAACGCAGAAGAGAAAGGAUGAGGACCAGGAAGGGAAUAAGUUUUUCUAUGCCCAGAUAUAUGAAGGGAUCUUUCGGGAGAUUGGAUUGUUGCUGAUAGGAAACAAACAACCCAUGGAAUUCAGCAUUAAAGCAAGGGAGGAGGCCGAGACGUACGUCCUAAGGGGCGGCCAUCUGUUCCGAAGAGAGGAAGGUGCUAUGCCAAGAAGAGUUGUGUGCGGGAGACCUAGGCAGUUUGACGUGAUCCAGGCAAUGCACGAUGGACUAGCACGAGAACAUCGAUCGUCCAAAGGAACUCUUGCGAAGAUAACGCCACUCUACUAUUGGUCAUGCAUGGCAGGCAUGGUCGCCACGUACUGCCAGACCUGCCUAAUCUACCAAGAACGGAGUUUGGCACGUGUCUUUGAGCCGCUUAGACCAACGCAGGUGCUAGGGCUGGAACAUCUGGUCCACCUUGACCUUGCGGUCAUGCCUGUAUCAACGGAUGGGUACAGAUAUAUCCUGGAUGCGCGAGACAACUUGAGUGGGUUCGCAGAGGUGGUCGCUCUCAAGAAAAAGACAGGGAGAAGUGUAGCAAAUUGGAUAGAAGAUUUCUACUUGAUGCAUCUCUUCAUCAAGAGGUUUAUAGCGGACAAUGAGACAGAAUUUGUGAACCAAGAAGUGUUAGGAAUGCUCAAAAGGCUUUGUGUGCCUAUCAAACUAAUCGAGCCACAUCACCCGGAGGCCAAUGCACCUGUGGAAAGGGGUCACCGGACCUUAAAGAACACGAUUGCGAAGCUAGCGGCGGACCAUCUGGGGAGCUGGCCUAGGUAUCUUAAGCAGGCUGUCUUCUCAGAGAACAUGAUACCUAAGAGGACAACGGGAUGUAUCCCAACAGAACUUUGGUACGGAAAAGAGAUCGGCUUUCUCGUGAAAGCCUUGAUACCUACCUGGAACAGGUUAGAUGAUGAUCCGCGAAUGACCACGGAAGAGUUAAUCGAGGCAAGGUGUCAACAAAUCCUUAAGAAUGAGGAGGUCAUGGAAGACAUCACCAACCAGGUACUAGACAACAGAAUGAGGGACAAAGCAAGGUGGGACCAGGACUAAGAAUAAAAACACAAGAAAAAACAAAAAUGGAAUUCGGCAACGAGAAUGACAGUGGGGCAAUCAACAGGCCUACCAAAG